GGGGCUGAGCCUGAGCCUGGAGGUCCAGCUGGCCACCUGGGGCCUGGGGGAGCCCAGUGGGGCAGGGCCCCUUCUCCCCCAGCCACCAUGAUGUGGUCUAACUUUUUCAUCCAGGAGGAGGAAAGACGGCGGGCAGACACAGUGCGGAGGAGAACUCAGAGGACGGGCCUGGCCCGUGAGCGCCGAGGCCCCAUCAAGCUAGCCCUACUGCUGUCCGGCAUGGGCACGGCCCUGGCGGUACUGGCCGUGGGCACCGAGUUCUGGGUGGAGCUGGGCACCAAACGGGGCAACGGGACGAGUGGCGUGUGUGAAGCUGCGCAUCUAGGGUUGUGGCGGGUGUGUGCCAAGAGGCUCUGGCUGGAGGACCUGCCCCCCAACAGGGAGACGUGUGGCCCUGCCGAGUUGCCUGGAGAGGCAAACUGCUCUUACUUCAGAUUCUUUACCACCGGAGAGAACAACCAGAUCCUGCAAAGAACGACUAAGAAAGAGCUGGGAGUAGCUGCUGCCAUCACUGCAACGCUGGCCCUGGCUAUCACAGUCCUGGGCUGCAUCUGUGUCAUCAUGGUGCUCAGCAAAGGGGCCGAAUUCCUGCUCACACAUGCAGCCGUCUGCUUCAGCCUUUCAGGAGUUUUGUUGUUGGUGAGCCUCCAGCUGUUCCGCCAGGGGGUCCAUGCGCUGCUGGCCAGGACAGGCCCAACCCCAGCCCCUUGGCUGGGCUAUGAGUAUUCCUGGUCAGUGGCCUGUGCCCUGGCAGCCGCAGGUCUGCUGCUCCUGGGGGGAGGCUCCUUCCUGCUGCUGGCCCUGCCCUCCCGAACCUUGAAGAUGUGUUGCCGCCAGCAGCCAGGCGAUCAAGGGGGCGGAGGUGCCACCUAACAUAGCCAAUUCCCCUCCGAAAUGGGCAGGUUUCCCUGGGUCCCCAACCAGUCCCCUCGGACCCCUGCCCAGCCUCAUGCCAUGGCACUGCUCAGGGAUCUACCCAGCCUGAGAGUGGACCUCCUCUGACCUCAGCCUGUUCUCAGGGACAGCAUCUCGCCUUCUGGUGCCAAAGAGUUGGGCCUUUGGUUGCCAAGUGACUUCAAGGAAGAGAGCUUUUGGGUGCCAGUGAAUCACCUCCAGUCCCCUUGUGGACCUCCAGUACCUGCUGGGGCACAGAGAACACACCUCUUCCUAUACCUGCAUGUCUGAGGAAUUCCUUCCUCUCCCCUCUCCUUGCUAACUCCCUGCCCCUUGCCUACCAGCUGGAAGGAGAUCCUUUCUGGUCCCAAGGAGCCCUGGGAGUGGUGCCUCUGACCUCUUCCUGGACACAGGAAUCCUGUGGACCUUUUCCCAGGGCCUCCCUGAAAACUUUCAGCCUUCUCCCUGUCCUGUGUCCCCUCUGUGAUGUAGGAGACCACUGGCUCCCCUCCAAUGGACCAUGCCCUCUCCUUCCCUCCUUCCCUUUGUAUAAAUGACGUGCUCUACAUCUCUGGGCUAAUCUGGGGGGGAUAGGGGUGGGUUCUUACAGACGAGGGUCCCUUGGGGAGGCAGGUGAGGACCUGAUAGGGGCAGGGAGAGGUUAGAAGGGUCUCCUCUCCUUUGCCCUAAUUUAUUUAUUGGGGAAUGGAAUGUGCCUGGAACAUGGGUGAAGUUGUGGGCUGGGGAUACUCGGGUUCCCCCUCCAUCUUCCAUGGCCCAGGAUUAAAUGCUUGGGAAUUGAAAUGAUCUCGUGUG